AUGUCUUUGCUUCGACCACUUAUUGGCCACCGUGUUGGCACACAGUUGAUGAGAUCAACCAUAAGAGCACGCUCAGUUGCUACUACAGCAACGUCAGCGGGAGCAUCUGAAAUACCCAAGCAAGAGCAAGAUCCUAGAGCUGAAAUGUUGAAGGCAACAUUGCCUUUUAUUCCUGAGUUUGGCUGGUCUAUGCAAAGCUUGCUUCACGGAGCUCGUGCUUUAGGAUACCCUUCGGUUGUUCAUGGCGUAUUUCCUGGAGGAGAGGCAGGGCUUAUUGAUGCCUAUCUCGAAGACGCUCAAAAGACUUAUAUUCAGAUGGUUGAAGAUAAGCUGAAGCGAGGAGAGCUGGAAGGACUACGCAUGAGUGAAAAGAUCAAGCUGCUUACUUGGCUUCGAUUAGAAAUGAAUAAACCAUUUAUCAAAAAGUGGCCAGAGGCAUUGGCUAUCAUGGCGCGUCCAUCCAAUGUAGGUAUGUCACUGAGUCAUUUGGGCCAUAUUGUAGAUGAUAUCUGGUAUUAUGCAGGGGACAGGAGUCCUGACAUGAAUUGGUACACGAAGCGUGCAUCAUUGGCCGCAGUUUACAGCUCUACGGAACUAUACAUGACACAGGACCUCUCUCCAGACUAUGUUGAAACAGAAAAGUUUUUGGAAAGGAGAUUGGAUCAAGCUGCAUGGCUCGGAUCAACCAGUCGUCAGGUUGGUAAUAUGCUUUGUUUUGGAGCCAAGAGUAUGAUGAGCGUCCUUGCAAAUCGUGGAGGAAAAUACUAA